AUGCAAUCCCAAUUUAACCUCAAGUCUAAAAUCCUCUGCCUUUUUGGCAUAAUUCUAUUCAUUCAAGCUUCUGAUGCUAGUCAAUCUCGUAUUCUUCGUUUUCCUAUUGAGAAACAACCUUCCUCUACAUAUUCUUCUUCUUCUUCUUCUUCUUCUUCUGUACAUAUAUCCGGCUCUACAAAGAGUCUUUUGAAAAGGGACUCUGCCUUUCUCUUUAACGAUGGUUCUGAAUACAUUAUCAAAGUGAGCAUCGGUACACCUCCACAAAACUUUACUGUUGCCUUGGAUACUGGAAGCUCUGAUCUGUGGAUACCCUCUGUCGAUUGCGCCAAGGAAGAAUGCAAUCUGUCAAGAUUCAACCCCGAGAAAUCAUCUAGCUUUGUCGACACAAACUACCCGUUCCAGAUCAACUAUGGGCUGGGUAGUGCGCAGGGUUACUAUGCCAAGGAUACUGUUCAGAUUGGCGAUGUGGUUGUGGAAGGCCAGCAGUUUGGCCUGGCAUCGACGACAAAGGACAUCAUUACCAAUGGAGGGACUGGAUCGAAGCAUCCGCCAGCCAGCCUUAAUGUCUAUCCAAACGGGAUCCUUGGACUUGGUUAUCCUGGCCUGACAUCAGCCUCGGGCACUGGUUUGGGCAGCUACGAUCCGUUUGUGUUCAAUCUGUAUAAGCAAGAUCUGAUUGACGAGCCGGUGUUUUCGAUCUUCAUGAGCCACCUGGAGCGCUCUGGCUGGACUGGCGAGCUUCUUCUUGGCGGAGUGGACCAUACACGGCACAAGGGAGAGCUGGUCUAUGUGCCGGUUUCGUAUAUGGAGACCCGCAAGACCAGACCAGAGGAUCUUUUGAAGUACUGGAUGGUUACUGGCCAGUCGUUUGGAGUGCUGGACUAUCAGAUGAAUAGAGGUUCUGAGGAGAGUGGAGAGGUGAUACUGGACUAUGAUCUCGGAAAGCCUCGCAAUGUGAUCAUUGACACCGGGACCACGAUGACCUAUGUUGAUGCCAGCCUAGCCGAAAAGCUUGUGGAUGCGGCGGUUGGGAGCGGCAACUGGAGCUACGAUGCCGAUAUUGAGAUGUACCGGGUCGAGUGUGGAGUGUACCGACUCGACAGAGCGGUCGAGAUCCGGUUAUCGCAGCGAGCGAUGAAGCUGACCAGCACGCCGGUGGUCGUGAGUGUUCCGGUGCGUGAGCUGGUAAUUCCUCUGGGAGGCUUGAAGCGGGAGCGGGCAAGAGAGUGUGUGUUUGGGAUCGCACCAUGGAUUCCAGCCAAGGACAAGCAGACGAACAAUUUGAGUGGGUCAGAGAUGAUUCUGGUCGGAGACUCUAUUCUGCGGGCAACCUACCUAGUAUUUGACAUGGGCAAGAAUCAGAUCGGCUUUGCGCAGGCUGUCGGGACAUCCGGCUCUGUCACGGGCCCUGUUCUGGAUGCAACGUUGGACAAGGAACCCUUUGGCGAUCAGUCGUACAUCAGUUCUGGCACAUCAUUGAAUAAUCAAAAGAAUUCAAGAACCAGUGAAUUUAUCAUUUAUAUUUUUGUAGCAUACUUUUCGUUAUUUUCAUUAUUUUCAUUAUGA